CACUCUGUUUCUCUGACUCAAUCAAAUUGGACUCGAUUAAGAAUAUGUGAUCCACCAAGCUCUACAUCUGAACUGUCGUAACAUUUUGUGCUGCAUUUUAAAUGGCAACUUCACCAUUACAGUUGGCUGUGCAUUCACGUUUGUGGAGCUAUGGCAGUAGUGAGUCAACCAAGUUGGUUCCUGCACCUCCAGGUAACCGCGGAACAGUAGUAUGCAGUUUAAGGAAGCUGGAAUGGGAAGAGAUGAAUUUCUCUGGCAUAGGUCAAAAAAAUGAUCAAGAAGUUUCUAGGAAGACUCAUCGACUAAAAGCACUAUCAGCAUCGGGCAGUUCACUUGUUCCAACUGCAAAAAGGGUUCCCACUUACCUAUUCAGGACAGAUACUGGUGGUCAAGUGAAAGUCUUGGUGGAAAAGACAAAUGGAAAGUACAAAGUGCUUGUAGAAGUUUUGCCAUUAGAGCUCUCAGAUGCAUAUGCUGAGCUGGUUAUGGUUUGGGGCCUAUUUAGAUCUGAUGCAUCUUGCUUUAUGCCUCUAGAUCAAAACAGACGUGGAGCAGAUGGAAAAAGUAGUACUGUUGAAACACCAUUUGUGAAAGGACCUUCAGGCAAGGUCACAGUCGAGCUGGAUUUUGAAGCAAGUUUAGCCCCCUUCUAUAUCUCCUUCUAUAUGAAGUCACAACUAGUUUAUGACAUCGGAAGCUCAGAAAUCAGAAGCCACAGGAACACAAAUUUUGUUGUACCAGUUGGUCUCAGUUCAGGGCAUCCUGCUCCAUUGGGUCUCUCCUUUCAGCCAGAUGGAUCCAUGAAUUUUGCUCUCUCCUCACGCAGUGCAAAAAGUGUAGUUUUGUGCUUGUAUGAUGACAUAUCAGUUGAAAAGCCUCCUUUAGAGAUUGAUCUAGAUCCUUAUAUUAAUCGAUCCGGUGAUAUUUGGCAUGCUGCUUUAGAUUGUUCUUUGCCAUUCAAGACUUAUGGUUAUAGAUGCAAGGCGGCCACUUCUGGGGAGGGAGAGCUGAUUCUUUUGGACCCAUAUGCUAAGGUUAUAAGGAGCGUUAUUCCUCCUCAGGGUGGGUCUGAGAUACGUCCAAAAUAUCUUGGAGAACUAUGCCAGGAACCUGGCUAUGAUUGGAGCGGUGAAGUACGCCCUAGCUUACCAAUGGAGAAACUAGUAAUUUAUCGCUUAAAUGUGACUCAAUUUACAAAGGACAAGUCCAGUAAGCUACCUGAUGACCUUGCUGGAACUUUCUCUGGCAUUAGCGAAAAAUGGCACCAUUUCAAAGAUCUUGGUGUGAAUGCAAUGUUACUGGAGCCAAUUUUCCCUUUCGAGGAGCAGAAAGGACCCUAUUUUCCGUGGCAUUUCUUUUCACCUGGAAAUAUGUAUGGACGUUCUGGUGACCCUCUUUCUGUCAUUAAAUCUAUGAAGGAUAUGGUUAAGAAAUUACAUGCUAACGGGAUAGAGGUUUUUCUUGAAGUUGUUUUCACUCACACUGCAGAGGAUGCACCUUUGAAGCAUGUUGAUAACUCUUCAUAUUGCAUAAAAGGUGGUCAGGAUCGGAAUAUUCAAAAUGCAUUGAAUUGCAAUUACCCCAUUGUCCAACAAAUGGUUUUGGACUCUCUCCGCCACUGGGUAAUUGAGUUUCAUAUUGAUGGUUUUGUUUUUGUAAACGCUUCUUCCUUGUUGAGAGGGUUCCAUGGAGAGAUUCUAUCUCGUCCUCCAUUAGUUGAAGCUAUUGCCUUUGAUCCUAUACUUUCAAAUGUCAAGAUGAUUGCGGAUAGUUGGGAUCCAGUAGCCAAUGAUUCGAAGGAAAAUUUAUUCCCUCACUGGAGGAGAUGGGCAGAGAUGAAUAUGAGAUUUUCUGAUGACAUUCGGGACUUCUUGAGAGGCGAGGGUCCUCUAAGCAAUCUAGCAACGCGACUUUGUGGAAGUGGGGAUAUCUUCUCAGGUGGACGAGGCCCUGCAUUCUCGUUUAAUUAUAUUGCCAGAAAUUCUGGACUUACUCUUGUUGACUUGGUUAGCUUCGGUAGUAGUGAAGUGGCUUCAGAAUUAAGUUGGAACUGUGGAGAAGAAGGCGCUACGACUAAUAAUAUUGUCCUAGAGAGACGACUUAAACAAGUUCGUAAUUUUCUGUUCAUAUUGUUCAUUUCUCUGGGUGUACCUGUACUUAACAUGGGAGAUGAGUGUGGCCAGUCUACAGGAGGUUCCCCUGCAUAUGAUGCUCGAAAGUCUUUGGAUUGGAAUAUUUUAAAAACUGGUUUUGGGAUUCAGACUACUCAGUUUAUUUCAUUCUUGACUAGUUUAAGAAUGAGAAGAAGUGAUCUUCUUCAAAAGAGAACCUUCUUGAAGGAAGAAAAUAUCCAGUGGCAUGGGAGUGACCGUUCUCCUCCGAAAUGGGAUGACCCGUCUAGCAAAUUCUUGGCUAUGACUUUGAAGGCUGAUGUUCUAGACAGCCAGACAUUAAUCUCUGAUAUCGGAGGUGACCUGUUUGUUGCCUUCAAUAGUGCAGGCGAUUCAGAGAGUGUUAUCCUUCCGCCACCUCCAACAGGUAUGGUAUGGCAUCGUCUCGUUGAUACAGCUCUUCCUUUUCCCGGAUUUUUUGAUGAGAAGGGGACUCCAGUUGAAGAUGGAUUAGUUGCAUAUGAAAUGAAGUCUCACAGCUGUUUGCUGUUUGAAGCACAGAGACUAGCUGAAACUGCUGGCUUGUUGCUUUUUUAACUUGAGUCUUGUAUCAUAAGGCCUCUUAUUUCCUUCACUAUAGAUUUUAGCAAGGAGACAAAGCAUAUUAGACUUUCUUCUAAGAGGCAAUAGUUUGUAAAGCUCGUAUAUAUUUAAAUAAGAGGAUUUUUUUUUUUUAACAGAUGAAUAAAUAAGAGGCGUUUACUGAGAA